UUCUAAGGACACAUGCGAACAAUUCAGCAAAGGGGUAACAUCGAGAUUUUCUUCUUCGAUUUCGAUUUGCUCAAUUUUUGGCAUGUUUUCUGUGCCGCUACGACUGUUGUAUCACAGAGCGGACAUUUCAAGGACGCAGACCACUGAACUGACAAGGAGAGAGAGACUGACUGAAGAGGUCUGGGUUGCAGUGGGGUGUCUGCUGUUUGACCGACUCAAUUUAAGUCUAGAGUGCAGUUACGCUAUUGAAAAUUGUACCAAAAGCAAGUGGUUUUCUAUAGAAUUGUGUCGUGUGGUACAUAUUUUGUUGUUUCACCAAGAUCCCGUAAGGACAGUGAAAACCUGAGUAUGAUGGACGAAGACAAGUCCCUCGUUUACUCGGCCUUGUUGCUGGUCGUCGCAUCUUCCGUUGCAGUGCUUUGGUUUCUGAAACGUCGUGGGCCACCUGUUCCUCCGGGUCCCUGUGGGGUCCCUCUACUGGGAUUCUUACCUUGGAUUGACCCAAAGGCUCCUCAUCUGACCUUCACCCGUUUAGCAAAGCACUACGGUCCCAUUUACUCCCUGAAGUUGGGAAAUGUGUUCACCGUGGUAUUGUCAGACCCACAUCUCAUCAGACAAGCUUUUGCUAAGGAUAUCUUCGUGGGGCGGGCCCCACUCUAUCUCACGCAUGGCAUCAUGAAGGGCAACGGGCUGAUCUGUGCUGAAGGCGAACUUUGGAAAGACCAGCGUAAAUUUGUUACAGUAUGUCUAAGAAACUUUGGCAUGAUCAAAUUUGGUUCUAAAAGAGAGAGAUUGGAGAAGAGAAUAUUAGUUGGUGUCCAGGAGUGCCUUGAGAUGCUUGGGAGGAAUUCGAACGCAGUGGAACCUCUACCGAUAAUACUUCACUGUAUAGGCAACGUUAUGAACUCCUUGGUCUUCGGUGUCUCCUACGCUGAGAAUGAUCCCAUGUGGAAAUGGUUGCAGCAACUCCAGGAUGAAGGCUUAAAAUAUAUAGGUGUUACGGGGAUCCUCAAUUUUCUUCCCAUUUUAAGGUUUAUUCCGAAAUUCAAGAAACCGAUGAAUUUUUUGAUGGAAGGGAAAAUGAAAUCACAUGAGUAUUAUCACACAAUUAUACUGGAUCGUAUGAAGAAACGAAAGUCCUUCCCGGGAGAUGAUGAAAAUUACCUUGCAGACAAUAUAAUCGACUCUUUUCUGGACGAAAAGGAACGGCGUGGGGAAGGGGACAAAGGAUUCUACAACACAACUCAGUUCCACCAUCUUCUUGGUGAUAUGUUCGGAGCGGGACUGGACACAACGAUGACCACCCUGCGAUGGUUUGUCCUCUUCAUGGCGGCGAAUUCCGGCGCACAGAAGAGAGUCCAAGCAGAAUUAGACAGUGUAGUUGGCUCCCGUUUGCCAACUCUUGAGGACCUACCAUUGCUACCCUACACUGAAGCCGCUCUUGCUGAGACCCAAAGGAUCCGCUCUGUUGUACCAGUCGGAAUACCACAUGGAGCGUUGGCGGCCACCACUUUUGCAGGCUAUCACAUUCCGAAGGGCACCAUGAUAAUGCCUCUACAGUGGGCUGUACAUAUGGAUCCCAACCAAUGGCCAGAACCGGAGCGUUUCAGUCCUGAGCGGUUUCUAACAACUGAGGGUCAAUUCAACAGACCAGAAAGCUUCAUUCCUUUUCAGACAGGUAAGAGGAUGUGUGUUGGAGAAGAAUUAGCCAGGAUGAUGCUGUUUUUAUUUGGAUCAGCCAUCAUUCAGAAAUUCAACAUCACUGCACCAGAUAACAUUGACAUCGAUCUAGAGGGUGAAUGUGGAUUUACACUUGCCCCGAAACCUCAAAAACUGAUUUUUAUUCCUAGAGUAUGAAAAUGGAAGCGUGAUGUAAAACAUCAGCAGAUGUGCCAUUAUGGAUUUCCUGUUUAUUUUUUAUGUCUAGAAAACAGAAUACUAAAUAGAAGAGCGAAUAGCAUUUACAUGUAAUAAAAGUAACAUGAUAUGAAAUGUUGAAUUGGAUGAUAUGCAUGCAAGCUAGAGAACCGUGACGAAGUUACAUUUGGACAUGAAUUGCAUAAGUGAUUUCAUUUAAUUAGGAAUUGUGAUUUUAGUUUCAGUUUCCCCAUACCAUUACAUGUAUACAUUAAUAUAGCACGUAGCUCAAGUUCCUAUUUCCGUUGUUGUGUUAGUCUGCCUGUCUUCAUUUAUUGUUAUGAAUAAACAGAUUUCGUCACA